AAAAAUCAAAAUGGCGAUGCUCGGACCAGGAAGGUCGGGCAGUGUGCUGCCGUCCGUCUCUUUCCAGCUCCUGUUGAGUCUGACAGUAGGAUACUUCGUGUUUUAUUUCCUGUUCACUCUGGGUUUGAUCAUUAAAAAAAGUUUGGUGCUGUCUUAUCCUGAUGAUCUUCUGGCCUGUGAUGUCGGUCUGCUGUUCCUCAUGGCUGCUCUGGAGUGCAUCCACUUCUGCUGUGGUGUGAAGGGCAACCUGACAGAAAGCGAGGGCUAUCUUUUUGCUAAUCUCAUCGCAACAGGGACCACCAUUGUGCUGGCUGUUUAUUUCCUGGUGUGGCAGACCUAUGUAAUGUGGGGAGAUGUAAUCCUCAGCAGUAUCUUACUUGUUAUGUACGGCUUAAGUGGAGUCUUGGCUUGCAGCACUUUAGCUCGACUAGCCAGCGUCUAUUCAUGAAGAGGCCGACUGGAUGUUACUGCUGGAUUCACAAUUUUCCUGCACUUUCUUACUAUGACCAGGAGGCAUAAAGGACCUUGUCUCAGGACAGUUUACGUGUUUGUAAAUACUGUUUAUAAGGACUGCAAAAACAGACUUAGAAUUAUAAUUUUAAACCAAUCUGGUGUUUCUUAAAGCAACAGUUUAUCAGUACAACACAGAUAACUGAGUGACUUUUCUUUGCUGAAGUCAAGCUUUUUUGUGUGUGUCUAACUGUGUCAUGCUUUCUUCAGUAUCUUUUUGUAAUAUGUAAAGUUCAAAACAAAUUUUUGAGUCCAUAUUUUUAUAUUUAUUAUUUUUGUACAGUUUCAUAAUUUUUGUAUUUUCACCAGUAGAGGGCAGAAUUGUUUUGGUAAAAAAAAAAUAGUGACAACAUUUAUUUUGGUACUCGAGACAUUCUUAUGUGUAAAAUGGAUUAAAGACUCUGACUGUGUGGUCACACUUGAAUUUAAAAAGAAAUAAACAAAAUCAUUUAUAACUGACAUUUACCUUAAAUGUCAUCUAUAAAUGACAUUCCAUA